GCCUGUUGCUGUCCUGCCGUGCCAGCUCGAGCCGUGUGCUCCCGGAGGAAAACAUCCCUCUCAUCAUCCAGAGGACCCAAAAGGAGGAGAGCACAUUUGCAAAACUAUCCCAGUUGCAACAAGGCGAAGUUACGUCUGGAUAAGAAAGUAAAGCGACUUUUACUUUAAGACAAUGUAGUGAUUUGCUUCCUGCGCUUUCUUUCAACCGGCUGCAGACAGUCACCAAAGCUUCCGGAGGGCGCAGCACAACCUGCAACUUUGCUGAAAUGAUGCUCAACUUUUCCCUCCGUGCAUUGCUCCCAGUCAUCGCACUGACUGUUCUUACAGCUGUUGAAGUUGCUGAAAGUCAGAAGGUUGCCAUGGACACUGGGACAUCCUCCACCCCAUCUCCAGUUUAUCCCACUGUCAACUUUCAGGUUCUCAAUGUGAACCACAUGUUUCUGAGGCAAGACAGCCCCGAGCCAUCGGGGAACUCCAGCCUGAAGACUCAGACUCAGACUUUUCUCAUCACUGGUAAAGGCACUGAGCUCCUCCAGCCAGCUGUCAACACUUCAUACGGCCCCCUUACAGUGGACGCCCCGAUUCCUCCAGACCUGCUCCUCAGUGGGCGCACGAUCCUGCCAGUCAUUUUGGCCCGCCAGGUUCGUUCCUCAUCUCCUGUUGUCAAGAUUCUCUUCCACAUGCCCACUGAAAGUGGCAUCACUGUUGGGCAAGAAAGGACAGGGUCUGGAGAAGAUAAUGGCAAGAGAGGUGCUGGAACCAAGGCGAAGGAAGGAGCUCACUGUGUGACGGCUUAUGCCUUCUGGGAGACAAGGGAAGUUCGUGGGGCGUGCCUUGUGUCUCCAGGUGGAUUUUGUGUGGCACAGCUGAAGCCAGAACCCGCCUGGUUCAGCUCAGGCAGCCGAUCUGGCAGCUCUAGCAGGGAAGCAGGAAGGACCGAAGGAAUUAAAGGUCUUCAGGGGAACCUUGUGGAGGUCUACUUCCAGAGUCGCAGGGAUCAGACAGGCCAGUGUACCCCACAGGAUAGCCUGCAACGUGUUGGCGUGGGAAGAGGAAGAGACUCUGGAGGAUCAGGGACACCGAUGAGGCGGAUAGGAAGUGUCAAUUUGCUCAGAACUCCACCAGGGAACCCAACCUUUUUUCGACUGAGACUGGGAGGCGCAGUGGUCAUUCAGACCUCUUCUAAGCCCCUGAAGGCCACAGACGUGGCAACUUUCUAUGUCUUCCUGGCGAGCACAUCGACUCUGGAAAGUUUCACACUCAGGGCAACAGUGAAAACAGGCCUAUCAUUCAGUGCGGCGCGGCCCAGUGACUCAGCGCUGUGGGACAUCGUAGUGGAGCCUGGCAGUGGAGUGACUCCCAACACUGUCUCCGUCGUCUGCCAGAGGAAGGUUGCUAUCACGGCAAAGAGGGGUCUUCUGGAAGUUUUACAACUGGACUUUGUGCCAAAAGAUGUUUCGGAGCAGGCUGAGAGUCAGACGAUCUCCUGGCGUCUGGAGUUGCCGGGGAACGUCAAGGAUGUGGGAAUGAUGCGGAUCUACACGACUCAGAGGGAUUAUGUGGGGCUGGCACCUCUGGUCAUGAACACUGAUAUCUUGAACACUGCUGUGCUGACGGGUGAAAGAGUGACGGUACCUGUGAAAACUUUGGCUGUGGAGGCUGAUGGCUCUGUCACCGAUGUGACCAACUACACCAGCUGUCGGUCUACAGAGGAGGAGAUACUCAAGGUGUCAGAGCGAUGUGACUACAUGUACGUAAACGGGAAGGAGACGAGAGGAAAAAGCAGGGUGAUGCUCAACUUUACUUACGGUUUCCUGAGUGCCCAGCUGGAGAUGAGCGUGUGGAUGCCCCGCCUGCCUUUGCUAAUCGAUGUGGCUGACCCCGAGCUCAGCCAGAUCAAAGGCUGGAGGGUCCCUGUGACAACAGGCAGCAGGAGGUCGACAUGGGACAGUGAGGAAGAGGAGGAGAUGAGGAAGGGCAGGGGUUGCAUGCUGCAGUACCAGCACUCUACACUCAGGGUGCUGACACCAUUCAUAGCGCAGACUGACGCUGAGGUGCUGCCUGACCCGCUGACAGGGGCAGAGCCUGUUGAGUACUUCCUGGGUCCUGAUUGGCAGGUGGAUGUGACCAAACUUGUACGCUCCUCUUUAAAAGUGGCAGAUCCUGAUGUCGCCAGGGUGCAGGAUGGCAUGGUACUGCAGGGACGGGCUGUAGGCACCACUACUGUACAGGUGCUGUCCCCUCUGACAUCUUCGGUCCUGGCCGAGCAGAGCAUCAGGGUGGUGGAUGAUAAAGUGAGUGUGACUGAGCUGGGGGUGCAGUUGGUUUCUGGGCUCUCUCUGUCCCUGCAGCCCAGCCCUGGGAGCAACAGGGCCAUCGUCGCCACGGCAACCACACGGGAGAUGAUCACGCAGCUCAAACAGGAAGCAUUGGUCAGCUGCUGGGUUCAGUUCAGUGAUGGUGCAGUCGCCCCACUGGACCUGUUUGACCGCAGCAUCUACUCUCUGACGGUCUCCACCCCAGAUGAUGGGGUGGCCACUGUACGCCGCACCCCACAGUCCACAUUUUUAGUGGCACAAAGUGAAGGUGGAGACCAGGGGGCAGUCGUGAGGGUGGAGCUGAGGAUUUGUGAGGAAUGCCAGAAAUCCAAGAGGAAGAGCAAGUUGGCAGUGGGCACAGGGCUCCUCAGGAUGAACUUUCAGAGUAGCAGCAGAGUCGUAACAGAAGGAGGUGGUGGAUUUGGUGAGGUUGGCACUGACGGAAGUAAAGAUGUGGGUGGUGGUGCAUCAGAAUUGGUAGGCGAGCUUAAAACGACGGUGACAUCACAGCAGUCUGUCACAGAUAUGGAUAAAUGGUUGUUCAGAAGCACAGCACUUGACCAGCGAGAGUCUACCGCAGCAGAAACUACCACCUCGACUACAUAUUCAACAAAAUCCAUGCAGACGCAAGUCAUAUGGAUUGGAACUACAACCAGGCCUACAAGAAGUAGUACAUAUACUACCAUUCCCACAACUACCACUACAACCAUGAGCACUGCCAGACCUACAGACACAACAGUUGGUUUAGUUGUUAAGGGAGAAGGCCAGAAACGAAGCUACGGAAACAUGCUCGACAAUCCAAAUUCACCCCUGAACAAAGACAUUCCUAGACCAGAGGUGCCCAAGAAGGAGCCUCCGAAAUCGAAAACUCCAAAAGUAAUCGAGAGUGACCUCAUCAGGACAUUCAAAGCCAUGUCAGACAUGGAAAUCGGCAUGUACGCCUUGGUGGGUGUCUCCUGCGUAGCCAUCUUUGCUUUUUUGCUCAACUGUGCUUCGUAUAAUCUCUGUUUCCGGAAUCAUAAAACCCCCAUACAGGCCGCCCCGGCACCCACCGGGGACCCGAAGGAUCACAAGCACGACUGGGUGUGGCUGGGGAGCAACAAUCACAGCGCUCCAGCUCCGGGUGACCCGGCUCAAGUGUCCACGCUAAAACGCGAGGCCCACCACCCUCUGGAGUCCCGUCACUCCAUGGACUCCAUCAGCCACCGCAGCAUGGAGAGCACCCUGCCCACCGUGAGCGCCCCCGCCGUCCCCGAAAGAACUGCCACCCUGGGCCGCAGCAGGACCAGCUCCCAGCAGCAGUUCCAGGCAAAGGCGAUCGACCCCAUGGCGAACCGUUCGGCCACCUUGCUGGCCCGGCCACACCGCAGCGAGCCGCUUCAUUCCCCCACCAGCAAGCGGAACCAGGUCCAGUUCACCACCUUCACCACGCUGGACAUCAAGCACUUGGCUGCACUGAAGAAGAACGGCGUGGACUUAAACUGGGCCAACCAGCAGACGCAGGCCCCCGCUGGGCCCCAGUCACCUUUACCUGACAUGCCGUGGCCUGUUGUCAAACCUCUGGGAGAGCCUCAGUGAGUUUGUUUGGUGGGAAUAAAGAAGUGUAUAUACAGUACACAGGAAGCUAUAGUGGUGAAUGUCUGAAAGAAAAAAGCUGGCUUUUGUUUUUUAAUAAAAGAUAAAUCACUUUAGAGGAUGUAUUUAUUGAGAUUAGAUAGAGGACAUUUUAUAUUGAAGUAUGUGCUCAGUGAAAGCCUGUAAAUACAUUAUGUAAUGGUGUACCCAUGACGAGACACAUAAGAGAUACUGAGUUGAUUUUUUAAGAUUCAAAGCAUGAUUUUAUCCCUGAAAUGCGAGAUUCUUGUGCUCUGCAGACUUGAUGUUGUAAAUAUACAUAUAUCUAUACUAUUAACUUAUUUCUACAUUUCUAACUCAAAACAAAUGAAUUCUCAUCUCCUCUUGCUUUUGUACAAUCCCGUCGCCCCUGUAGAAACCACUUCAGAUAUUGCUAGUUGUCAGGUUAAAUGCAGUACAGGAGGGAUUAUUUCUUGUAAGUAAUUCUAUUCUUUUCCAGCCUUUUUGUACUUUCUUUUUUUUUUUUUUUUGUUCUCGGAUUCCUCCAGAGAGUACCUGAAGAGUCUGUGCAAUUUGUCAGAGAAUAUGCAACAUUUAUCAAGCUAUUUUGAGCAAUCUGUCACUGCAGUCUGAAGCGGAUAUUUAUUCAAAUCAAAUGCAUGCUAUGCAAAUAUAGUCUGCGCCGUGUUUGAAGUGGACAUUGUUUCUGAAUUUUUUAACAAACCUUACCUUGGGCUCCAGGUUCCUCCUGGGGGCCCUGCUUCUACAAUUUGUUAAAAAAUGUCUAAUCUCGGUCUCUUGACACGAAGCAAUACAUAUUCAGCUGUAAGAUUUUUCAUGUGUGAAUGCAAAACAAUGAUGCCUUUUUCUAUGUAGCAAUCUCUUAUUUUGAAACCAAAAUGUGAUGUGUAUUUCCCAAGAGAUCCUAUCAAUAAAGAGCAAAUGGAUUCAUU